AUGGCACUAGACAGUCUUUCACUUCCCUCCACACAUCCUUCAAAAUAUAAUGUCAUGUCCGAUUGGAACACUACAAUGGAGCCACCAUCCCGUACGGCACGGACUUCUCAUGGAUGCUGGACUUGUCGACUACGACGGAAGAAAUGCGAUGAACAACGCCCUGUAUGUGGCACUUGUGCGGCCCUCUGCAUCACCUGCCACUACGACGACAAGAAGCCCGAGUGGAUGGAUGGCGGCACAAGACAGGAGAAAAUGAUAGAGCAGCUGAAACGAGAAGUGAAGCAGAAUGCGCCAUACCGCCGAGUUGGGUGUCCGCACGUCUCUGGUGAAAAAGUGUCCAAUGCCGACCUCGGCGGAUGGCCGACAGGACCCCAAAAUUUGACACCAGAACCGAUGCAAAACGGGACAGACAGAAUAACAGAGUCGCAUGUAUCACUCUCACGAGGGACGGGCUGUGGUCAUAUAGACAGAAGUAGCUUGUUGGACCGAUCGGACUCAAUCCUUACGACAUUCUACCUCCAGAGUGUGCUCCCCUUCCUGUUUCCGUUCUAUCGUCCCCCAAUCGCACGAGGCGGGACAGCAUGGAUCAUGGAGCUGAUGAUCCGCAGUCCGGUGGUCAGGCAAGCUACAUUAUGUCAGGGCUGCUUCUUCUUCUGCCUUGCGCAGGGGACGGACAGCCGCGAGGUCAUUUGUGAUACUGUAUUCUCGCAAGUCAGAGAGGCCUUUCAGAGUUUGGAAAGAGCAAUCCAAGCUAUGGGCGGGUGGGAUAUCAUCGAGAAUCCCCACGGUGCAGUACAGAUUAUGGCCAGUAUCGUGCAGAUGCUUCACUUUGAAGUCGCAGCCCUGACAUUUGAGAACUGUGGCGCGCAUCUCAAUGCUGCUCUGGCACUCUUCGGUCAACUCUUGGAUAGAUCUCCCAGUAUUGAGCCUGUUGGACUACGGGCGCAUUUCAACGCGUUUAUGGACCACCUGGGGCCGUCGUCAUACAUUCCCCCGGCUGAGCACAUCCUCAUUCCGAGCGCUGAGCAGGAUGCUUUCUAUUUCACGACCGCUCUUCUGUUAUUCGAUGAUGUUAUUGCCAGCACCACGUUGCAAAAACGACCUCGCUUAUACCCGUUUCACCAGAGUCUCCUCAAGAGCACCGAAGGGUGCGAACCUAUAAUAAACUUGGAGGAAGUUAUCGGAUGUCAAAACACGACAAUCUUACAGAUUGGUGAGAUCGCGGUCCUCGACGAAUGGAAAAGGGAAUGCCAGAACGCCGUCAAUCUCGAUAUUAUUGAGCUGGCCAGUCGCGCGACACCGAUUAAAAAUGCCCUAGAAGGACAAAUCAUGAGCCUUGAGAGCGAGCCUAGUAAAGGAUGUAACCCGAGUGGGAAUUUAUUGGAUUUCCUCGCACCGAAUGACGGCGUAUCGAGCUCACGACGUUUGGUUACGCUUGUCUGGACGCGUGCCGCUCUCCUUUACCUGCUUGUCGUGGUGUCCGGAUGGCAGCCGGCGAGCGAUGAGGUCCAAUACCAUGUUGCCCUAAUAAUCGACCUGCUAGCGAACAAAUUAUCCCCCAGUACAUUGCUACGCUCGAUGGUAUGGCCGUUCUGCAUUGCAGGGUGUCUCGCGGAGCCGGCCCAACGAGCUGAAAUACGUCGAAUGGUGGAGGCGUUGCAACCCUCAAUAGUAUUCAGUACGGUACGGAAAGCACUAGAGGUCAUGGAAAAUGUGUGGCAUAGAAAAGAGGAAGGUGUGUAUCAGGACUUUUCUGCAUACUUCAAAGCUCAUGGUGAUAUGGUUUUGCUAGUCUGA